AUGAUCCAAUUGGAUCUACAUAAAGCAUAUGAUAUGCUUAACUGGUCUGCUCUUAGAAAUAUCCUUACUGAGAUUGGUUUUCCCAGCCAAUUUGUGAAUUGGAUUAUGGCAGGUGUCACUACUGUUUCUUAUCGUUUUAAUAUCAAUGGAGAUAAUACAAAGAGAAUGGAGGCUGCAAGAGGAAUCCGGCAAGGAGACCCCAUAUCUCCAUUCCUUUUUGUUAUUGUGAUGGAGUACUUCAGUAGACUAUUGUUCAAGAUGCAGCAAAGCCCUGAGUUCCAUCACCACUCAAAGUGCAAAAAGUUAAAAGUAACACACCUGACCUUCGCAGAGGACAUUCUGCUAUUUACCAGAGGUGAUACCGUCUCUGUGAACUCUCUUACGUCGACUCUGCAAUCUUUCUCUAGCUCCACUGGUUUGAUUGUAAACCCAGCAAAAUGUCAAAUUUACUUGGGAGCUGUGGAUGAGGUCACGAGCAGAAAUAUCUUGGAGUCUACAGGGUUCAACAGGGGACAGCUUCCCUUUAAGUAUCUUGGAGUUCCUCUCUCGAGUAAGAAACUCUCCAUAUGCCAUUACCUUCCUCUAAUUGACAAAAUUAUGUGCAGGAUCCACCAUUGGAGUUCAAGAUUACUGAGCAUAGCUAGUAGAUUCCAGCUUGUUAAAGCUGUGAGUUUUGCUAUUGCGAAUUAUUGGAUCCAAUGUUUCCCUAUCCCCAAAGCCGUUAUCAAGAAAAUCAAUGCCUCCUGUAGAGCCUUUGUCUGGAAGGAGGUGUGCAAGCCUAAAAGGAAAGGUGGGUGGAAUGUUCUUGACUUGGAGGAAUGGAACAAAAUAGCUAUGGUUAAGCUGUUGUGGGAUUUGGUCAAAAAAACUGAUAGUAUGUGGGUUUUAUGGAUUCAUACUUACUUUAUAAAAGGUAAAGAUAUAUGGACCAUUGAUAAGAGUAUGCAGAACUCCUGGAUUGUUAAUAAUGUGUUGAAAGCUAGAGAAAAGGUUGAUGCUGUCCCUCACUCUUGGCAGGCUGCCAUGGAUACAGGAUGUUUUAAGAUGAGUAAAUUCUAUAAAGAGAUUCUGCAGGAUAAUGUGGACAUGAAUUGGAAUCCUCUGUUUGAUUGUAACAAAGCUAGACCUCGUGCGUUGCUAUUCCUUUGGUUGGCUUGUCAUAGGCGUUUAGCUACUAAGGAGAGGAUGGCAAAGUUUGGUUUCAUCACUGAGUUGCAAUGCUGUUUUUGCAGGUCCCCUGAAAACAUUGAUCAUUUGUUCUUUAGUUGUGUUGCUAUGAAUGAUAUAUGGGCCAAUGUCUUGAAAUGGCUCAAUAUCUCUCACUCCCCUCAAUCGUGGAAUCUGGAAAGUAUCUGGCUUAUUAGAUGUUGCAAGGGCAAGGGUGUGAAAGAUGGUAUCUUCAAGAUGGUGGUAGCAGAGACUAUUUACCAUUGUUGGAAAUGGCGCAAUGAUACAUGUUUUGAUAAAGGUUACAAUAGUGAUAAAGUGGUACAUAGUAUAAAAGAAGCUACUAUACAUAGAGGAUGGUUAUAUAGGAAAUAUAGAGACCAUAUAGUUAAAUUGUUGAUGUAG